UUUUGGAAUAGUCCAGGUUCACACCGCGCGCAGCUCAUAUUAUUAUUAUUAUUAUUUUUAACCUGUAACAUAAAUGAAAGCUGUUUGUUUCACGUUUAUGAAAGCUGGACUUUGAACAAACACGGUGCCGCGUACAGUAAAUGUCUCGCCCACCACUGCGGCGGACACGGACACGGAGGGGACUUUCCCUUAGCGAGAGACUAUAAACAGUUCACGUAGUUUCGGUUUCAGUCUCAGCCGUGUUUAACGUCUGAGACUCUGCUGCCGGCCCGGAGCUGGGUUACUAAAUUGACGGUUUUAGUUUGCUACGGACAAUAUCGGCGUCGUUUCUCGCUCUCAGGUGAAUAUCAAAGGUGUGGCACAACAAACUUGUCUGUUCGAAAGGAAGCGACCUGCAGCAUUAUGCAGAAAAUGAGCUACUUCUCCCCCCUGCUCUUUAUGUGCUUUGAUGUGUGUGUGGUGCACACCAUCGGCCUGGCACAGCUGUCACCUCUCCUCCUCUCCCAUCCGUUCCUCACUCUGUGGGGAGGAGGGGUGGUCCGGGCCUUCCUCCUCGUCCUCCUCACCUUCACCUACCCCGGAAGCCUGCCGUGGAUGAGUAGCUUCCAGGGGCUCCAGAGCUUGGCGGUCCUUUGCUUCCACUUCCCAGUGUACACCACUCUUUGCUGGGUGCUCGGGCAGUCCACGCUGGAGGAACUGUGGGGGUGGCACUCAUGGGACAGGGUGUUGCAGGGUUAUGUUGUGACAGUAGUGGCCUGGCUGUACUGGAGCCGAUAUGUGUCAUCUCUUUUGCUCUCCUGGGGCCGAUACAUCUCAUCUCUGUUCAUGAAGACGCCCGCGGAGAAGCCUAAAGAGGACACAGACUCCCCUCUGAAGAGGCUGAUAGGAUACAUGCUGCCCUAUUUGUGGCGCUUUGUUUUUGUGUUGUCUCUUGUGGUUCUCUCUUCUUAUGGUGAGAUGGCUAUUCCUCAGUACACUGGCCGAGUGGCUGACUGGAUCAUGAAUGAAGAAGCACCUGACGCAUUCACAGAGGCCAUCACAAUCAUGACACUACUGACCAUUGCCAGUGCUGUGCUUGAGUUUGUAUGUGACCUCACGUACAAUGUCACCAUGAGCCGCGUACACAGCUCGGUGCAGGGAGUCGUCUUCCAGGCUGUGCUGAAACAGGAGAUUGCUUUCUUUGAUGCCACUUCCACAGGUGAACUGGUGUCCCGCAUUACCACGGACACCAACGAUAUGAGCGAGGCGCUGAGUGAGAAACUAAGCCUUUUGAUGUGGUACACGGCACGCUUUGGCUUCCUCUUGUUCUUCAUGGUGAGCCAGUCAUGGAAAUUGACCCUGCUCACUUGCAUGGGACUGCCCAUCAUCUGGGUCAUACCUGAACUCACUGGACACUUCUACCAGACUGUUGCUGCAAAGGUUCAGGAGUCACUGGCCAAGGCCAACCAGGUGGCCACAGAGACCUUCUCCUGCAUGAAGACAGUGAGGAGUUUUGCCAACGAGGAUGGUGAGACAGAGAGGUACAGACGGCGGCUGGAGGACACUUACGCCCUUAAUAAAAAGGAAGCAGCGGCCUAUGCAGCUUCUAACUGGGCCAACAGCAUGACCACUUUGGCCCUGAAGGUGGGCAUUCUGUACUAUGGAGGGACUCUUGUGACCAGAAGGGCCGUUAGCAGUGGAGACCUGGUGUCAUUCGUCCUUUAUGAGCUACAGUUUGCCUCUGCAGUUGAGGCUGUCAUGCGUUAUUACCCAGAAGUGAAGAAGGCGAUUGGUGCCUCUGAGAAGAUCUUUGAGUAUUUGGAUCGGAAACCCCAAAUUCCCCCAGAUGGCAUUUUGGCCCCUGAAAAUCUGAAGGGACACAUUCAGUUCAGAAAUGUUAGAUUUUCCUAUUCUGGCAAGACAGAUGAAAACAAUCUUGUUCUUAAGGAUGUGUCUCUGGAGGUAAAGCCGGGAAAAAUUACUGCUCUCGUGGGGCUUAACAGAUCAGGGAAGUCCACCUGUGUCAAGCUGCUGGAGAGGUUUUACCAGCCCCAAGCAGGGGAGAUCCUGUUGGAUGGGAAACCACUGCAAAGCUACAGAGACCAGUACCUACAUGACAAGAUUGCUGUGGUGAGCCAGGAUUGUGUGCUGUUUGCUCGCUCUGUGAGGGAGAACAUCAAGUAUGGCUACAGUGACGCCACUGAAGAGGACAUGUACAGGGCUGCCAAACUGGCUAGUGCCCAUGAGUUCAUCAUGGAACUGCCAAAUAAAUAUGACACAGAUGCUGGGGAGAAGGGAGGUCAGGUGUCUGGAGGCCAGAAGCAGCGCAUUUCCAUUGCAAGAGCUUUAAUCAAACGUCCCAAAAUCCUCAUACUGGACAACGCCACCAGUGACUUGGACACUGAGAAUGAAUACCAGGUCCACCAAGCUUUGUUGAACCAAACCAACAACUGCUCCGUGCUGUUGAUAUCCAACAAGAUGAGUGUUGUAGAGAAGGCCGAUCAUAUAAUUGUCCUCAAUGAUGGGAUGGUGGAGGAGGAGGGCAGUCAUGAUGAACUGCUGAACAGAGAAGGCCUUUAUGCUCAACUGGUAAAAAAGCAGAAUAUGGGCUUUCAAAGAAGCCCCUAAGAAGAUAAGAGGAUGAUACACAGUGAUCGGUCUGGCUGGUGGUUGCUCUCAAGCCAGAGAAGUCAAGUUACAGGAAGGUGACGGGUUAAACGUCUAGACUUAAAGGGUCAAAACUGCAGCUACACUUGUACUGUAAAGAAUAACUUUAUUGUGAGACUGCUCUUGAAACUACAAGUACCGGUAGACUUUUGACUCUUUAAGACUAUUUCCUUUCUCCGUGCACCUUGAAAGUAGGUGAAGUUGGACCAGAAAUGCCUACUUUUGAAUUCCAGAUUCUGAAAAUACUGCCUGGAAAAAAAGAGGUAACCUUCGAUCAGCAGCCCCAGUGCUUAGCAUCUAACCCCCAACUUCUCCAGGAAUUUUACUUGGACAUGGUGAUAUGGAUGAAAUCUUCAAGCACAAAACAUUUAAAUUUAUAUUGUGAUAUUAAUUUAAUUUAUGGAUAAAAUAACCAGUCAGGAACCUGUUUCUGCCCAAUGCAGCAAUGAAACACUUUUACCAUAAGUGGUAGGGAGCUACGAUAAGGUUCUUGCCUUAACAUCAGUGUUUGGGCUUUGACAAGAGAAACUGAGGAACCACCAACCCUUCAAUUAGUGGACCACUCAUUUUACAUGCUGUAUAGAACAUAGUUUAUAAUUAUCUUUCACUGGAUUGCUUCAUACAUAUUGCAAAUGUAGAUUUAGAAGAGAUGAAUCAGCUAGAUUUUAGAUAUUUCAAUUUGCAAUAAUUGAGUAUUUCUACAUGUGGCUGUAUUUAUUUUUCAUAUGUGUCAAAAGUUUUAUCUUUGCUGUACUUUUCCCAGUAUUGAUUGUUCCUGUCUAAUGUAAAUAACUUAAAAGCACUUUUGCCUCCCUGGAGUUACGACAGUAAAGCUUUUGAAUGAA